AUGCCGGCCUACGCGGCGCAGCCCACCCGCAACAUCCUCAUCAUCGGCUCAACUGGCAUUAUAGGCACAUACAUUACGCGGGCUAUUGUCGACGCAAGGGAAAAAUUUGAGCGGAUAUGCGUCUUGACGAGUGAGAAGACCCUGGUGGAGAAGGUGCAGGAUAUCGCUGCGUUGGAGGCUUGGGGUGUAGAAAUUUUCACGGGCAGGUUGGAGAGUGAGUCGGCGGUCAAGAGAGCGUAUGAAGGCAUCGACACCAUUGUGUCCUGCGUCGGCCGCGGGGGCAUUGAAAAGCAAAUCAACUUGAUUACCUGGGCCGAGCAGGUCGGAGUGCGCCGCUUCUUCACCUCGGAAUAUGGCACCGACAUCGAAUACUGGCCCGAGUCCGCCCACGAGCCGCCUCACCAGCUCAAGUUAAAAGUGCGCGCACAUAUGAAGACAAUGAAGAGACUGGAACACACAUACCUGGUCACGGGUCCUUACAGCGACUUAUACUUUGGCACCAUGAUGGCUCGCCCCGAGCUGGGACAAUUUGAUGUCAAGGAGAAAAAGGCAGUCUUGCUGGGAGAUGGUAAUGGGCCAGUCAGUUUUACGGCCAUGGCUGAUGUCGGCAAAUUCGUCGUCGCAGCACUCAUCAACACCACCGCAUCUCGAAACACCACCUUAAUAGUCCAUUCAUUCACCGCCACGCCGCACGAAAUCCUCGCCGAAUACGAACGACAGACGAAAAGUCAGUGGGAGAAAUCAUACACAUCGCUCGACCGGCUAAAACAGAUUGAAAAGGAGGAAUACCAGAUCUAUUCGGCGCUGGCGACGGUGGUAACAUUACGACGGAUAUGGACGGAAGGCGGCACCUUGUACAAAUAUUACGACGAAACGAUCCUCGGCCAAAUUGAAACGGAGACGCUGGAGAGCCAGGUGGCGGCGAACAUUAAGAGGCAAGAAGAGGGCGAGGGUCAUUUCCCGAGUCUCAUGCGAAAGCUGAGUCUGUAUUAA